UAAUGCUUAUGAAACUAUUGGAUAAACGACUUCUAGUGAAGGCAGCCAUUGCUCCUAAAACUCAUGAGGCCCACUUUUUACUUAACCCUGCCAGUGUUGGCCAACAUUCUGACCGCGUGUGCAGCCUACACUUUGAGGAGCUCCGUCUCCUGGGCAGUCUCCUCCAACCACGUGGAGGCCGACCUGUCGGAAGAAGUCGCCCCGUCUUUGCUGGUGGACGGCGGCGGGCUGUGGAAGCAGGCGUAUCCGGCAGGCAUAGAUGAGACUCCCGGGGAGAAAGUGGAGCCAGAGGGCGACUCCAGUGCGGCGGCGAAGAGCCCCGCUCGCCUUUUUUCCUAUCGGACGGAGACGGUUCAGGUGGGGAGGGGUGGUCCUCCACCGCACCAGGAAACGGCGAGAACGGCCAGAUACAUCGCUCACAGCAGCGACUGGGGUUCCCUCGCCACCAUUUCUAGCCAAGACAAGAUCAAAGGUCUUCCUUUUGGGAACAUUUUCUCCAUCAGUGAUGGACCACUGGACAACAGCACAGGCGUCAUCUAUUUUUACAUGACACCUAUGGACAACACCGUAACCGACCUGAAAAUAAACCCUUAUGCUUCCAUCACUUUCUCAGAGGCUGAGAGUGAUUUCUGCAGACAAAUGAUCUAUGAGGCAGAGGACCCCAGAUGUGCUCGACUCACGCUUACAGGCAAGAUGGUGGAGGUGGCCCCAGAGGAGCUGGCUUUUGCCAAGGAGGCCAUGUUCUCCAGGCAUCCGGUGAUGGCAAAGUGGCCCGUGGGACACAAAUGGUUCUUCAUGAAGCUGGAGCUGAUCCAAGUGUGGCUGCAGGACUGGAUAGGAGGCACGUCGCUCAUUCCUCUAGAAGAAUACUUCAAAGCUUCCCCUUUUUAAGAUUCGCUGCAUUAUGAAAAAGAAAUUCUCAUCUAAGGGACACGCAUCAGUGUCUGUCAAAUUUUCAAUUUAGUGUGCUACGGUGAAGGUCGCCAGAAUGCAAAAUGGAAGUACGAGUAGAAAGGGAUGCUGGAACCAGAAAGGGUACCAAGGCCAACACUGAAGACUCUUCUGUCACAGAAGCCUUGAUCUUCUCCCUUCUUGUCGUCUUCCAUAAUCAUGUUCCUUAAUUAAAUGCAUAGCCUACUUGGACUGUCUGCUGAGGGGUGGGGUGGUG